UUCCAAAAUGGCUAAGAUCAACAAACUUAAAACAGACCGUGAUUCAGCAAGGCCUUUAUGUGCAGAAAUAAAGAGAAGUGGAACUAAGCAAAGGGGCGAGCCUGCUGCUCUUGAUUUUUCCCUUCUCGGCUGCAAUCUGAACAACAUUGUAGAGAACGAGAUAAUGUCAGAAUCUUCGAAAAAUCAAGAUUUUUAUAAGUCCUUCGGUAAGUACAAGAACGGAAGUAUGAUAAACAAGCCGUUCAAAGACAUUCAGCCCAGAGUAAAGCUCUCCAAUCAGAGCAAUAGCGUCUGAAUGAUAGAGGGUAGACCUCCUCCGAAUGAGAACUAUCAUAAAUAUGGAGCUUACAAAUGGCCAAAUAUGGGCGUUGAGCCUCCAGUUUCUAAUAUUAAUGAAAAAGAUUUUCAUAAAGAAUCUAAUAUACAUGUUGAAUACCGCAGACAGGACACUGCUGGAACUAAAUAAGCCACCAAAACCACCUAGAAAACCCAACGAAGCUGGGUCCUUGAAUCCUAGUGCAGCAGAAUUUGAAAAUGAACGCCUACUGACAAAUUCAAAUAAGGUGAAUACAAAAGAUUCCUUACCAAAUGGAGGAACAGAAUUAGAUGAUAACAUGCUUAAACCUAAUCAUGAACCAAUUGCUACUAAACGACCUAAGAAGAGGAAGUCAUCAAAGAAGGUGGUUAAGGCUCAAUUCAACAAAUACAAUAACUUUGCUAGUAAAAAUCCAGGUAUGAAAAAGGCCAGAUCAAAGGGCCAUAAAAAGUACAUGGUCCCAAUAGAACUAGAUGGUGAUAAUUUCACUGUCUCUGAUCAAUCCAAUCUCGAUGAGGAAGUUGAGAAGUUACUCAAGCCCAUAGAGUCUCUUAAUGAUCUAUUUGACAUUCUUGGGGCCAAGAUAGACUCAGAGACCGACACAGAUUUAAUGAUUGAUAUUACUAGCCAGAACACUUAUAUUUCGGUGCCAAAGACUAUCUUCGAAUCCUUUUGCCCGAAAGUAGAAAAUAAGAACAUCGAAGUGGAAACUUUAAAAACUCAUGAGGAUCAUAAAUCAAUAGGAGAAGUCGCUGAACAUCUUCUUGAAGAUGCACCUGAGAAAAGUCCCGUUGCAGCAGAUUGCUUUAAUUUUAAAAAUCUCAGAAUUGCAGAUGAUAUGGCGACUGACAGUAAAAAUGUCAGCCCUACUAGUAAGGACAUGACACCAAGCGUGAAAGGGCAAGGAAACCUCAACAAUGUUUUCGCUAACUUGGAAAUUAUGGAUGGAGAAAGCACCCUUAUGGAUGGAAUUGAUAGUGAUGAUGACAGUGAUGCACCUCCACAACUUGUACCAUCUCAAAACCUCCCGGUGAACCAAAAGAAAUCAGAGACUAAGCGUAUGCCUGAAAUAAGCAUUGAAGAAAUUAAAGUCCCAAUGAAGAAAGAUGAAAGCAAGCCAAAGAAUCCGAUGCACCAAGUGAAAACUUUGUCAUUCAAGGUACCAAAAGAUAGGAUUUAUGAUCCUAAUUUUGAGAUUCAAAGACUUCGAGAAGAGCUUCGUCUCAGAGAUGCAGAGAUCCACCAGCUCAGCUCACAAGUUAAUGUAAUGAAAACCGAGAAAGAUCCUUGAUUAGCACACUUAAUCGACGAGAUAGAUGAACCUAGAUAUCAUCUAGCCUUCCUGUUUGCCUCCCCUUUGAUAAGAAAACUGAACGCAUCAAUUGAGACUCUUCUCCAACUAGAUUACAGGAAGGAGAUAAUGAAUAUUGAAAAACAUCUUCGAGGGGUUGAGCAUGAAAUUAGGUACAAAGUCAAUGUUGCCACUAGCUCAAAUUUCAGAAGUGUGAUCCAAGAUGCCCCAUAUGCGGUUCAUUUCACUGGCCAUGGUAUGAGAAACACAAAAGAAAACCUUGGCAAUCUUUAUGAAGGAUUUAAAAAUAAAGGAGAUGUCCUCCUCCUUGAGGAUGAAAAUGGAUUUGCAUGAAACUUAUUUGAAAAUGAUCUUAAAUAAGCUAAUGGAUCUAAGCACUUCAGGAAAACCACAAGAGAAUCAUUAUGAAGUGGUCUUCGUUUCAUCAUGUUUUUCAGAAUUCUCAGCAGAUAUUUUUCUCAAUUCUGGAGCUAGACAUGUGAUCUGCAUUGAUAAGGACCAGACCAUCUCUGAUAAAGCCUCUUUAAGGUUCUCACAGGUGUUCUACCAAGCUUUAUUCGUUCAAAAGUAUUCUGUAUGUAGGGCUUUUGAUCUGGCUAAAGAAGACAUCAGGAUAAUAAUAGACAAUAACGAGGCUGCCAAGUAUAGACUCCUAAUUGCUGAUGAGAAGGGAAAUAAGAAAGUGAGCCAUAAAUGCUUCCCAAUCACGAAAUUUAAGAAAGGUUCGCUUUGAAAGUACGAAACCCUUCCUUUCUUUGACUGUGUGCCAUCUCCAGUUGCCCAUUUCAAGGGAAGGCAAAGUGAGAUGUGAGAAGUUAUGACAAUUUUGGAGACAAACAGAUUGGUCAAUAUCCUUGGCCCACCUGGGAUUGGCAAGACAAGCCUUGUCAAAGGAAUUGCUAAUCAUAUUAGAGAUAGGAAGAAGUACGUUGAUGGCAUCCUCUACAUCAGUCUGAGACGUUGAGAAUCUGCACAAAUGUUUCUUACCAGGUUGAGUAUUGGCAUUCAAAAUAAUGGAAGAGUUGAAGAAGAAGAGAAACAAGAGCUAAUAAAAUUUUCAACUAAAGAGAACCCCAGUACGGAUGAAGAGGAGCAAGAAGAACCAUUAGAAGAUCUCAUGGGGCAUUAUAUUAUUAAAAUUUUAAGAGAUAAAGAAGCCUUGAUAGUUCUAGAUAAUUGAGAAGAUCCUCUAGAAGAUGACGGAGUUCUUUUUGUUAAAUAUUUGGAUACUCUUAUAGAUAACUGACCAUUCAUUAAACUUCUUUGAACCUCCAGAAAAUAUAUUAACAAGCUUGAACAUUGUCAAGAGAUUCCAUAUCACAUCUACUCUCUUUCUCCAAAUGCUUCUGUUCUUCUACUAUUAGAUGCAGCCCCAAGACAGAUCAGGAAUGAGGAACUAGAAGAACUACUAGAUUAUGAAAUUCCUCUAGAUCAUCCAAUCAAUCAGCAUUUUCCUGGGAUCCCUAGAAAGGCUAGGGUCUUACCAGAUCAUCCCUUAAUUUCAAUGCUUGGAGGUCAUCCACAAGCUAUCUCUCUUGCUGCUCCGAUGCUUGAAAGUCAGACUUUACUGAGCUUAUUCCAACAACUACUAGGAUCCAAUAUCAUGGAUGCUUUAUCACACAAUAACACUCAAUCAUACGCUUCACUGAGGAUGUCACUUGACAUCUCAAUUAAAAAUCUUAAGAAAACCAGGAAAGAGGCUCUUGACCUGUUCAAAUUCCUUGGCUUACUCCCUGGAGGUGUUAACCAAGAAGACCUGACUCAAAUGUGGGGAAGCAGUCAGUGGAAGUCCUAUAAAGAGAGCUUGAUUAAGGCAUCUCUCCUUGUAUUUAAACCAAAGGAAGGAUCUCUCACUCUCCUUCCUUUUAUGAACACGAGAGCUCUUGAGCUUCUUGAUGAAGGAGAUGGACUUCAAAAGUCAAUUUUCCAUUUAAAUUGCUGCACCUUCUACCAAGAGUAUUGCCAGAGAUGUCUUGAAUCAGUCGGUAAUUGAAAAAGUGGCUUCAACCUGAAGGAAUUUGUUGAAAAAGAAUCUAACAUCUGGGCAUGUAUCUACAGAGGAAUAAACAGAAAGAAGGGUAAUAAUGAAUACGAUGAACAGAACGAAAGUUGUAUCCAACUCCUAGCUAGCAGCUCUAAGAAUAAUGGAAACGAGGUCUUUAAAGACUUCACGCACAAAAAGAAGCAUAACCUCACCAAUCAUCUGAAAGUUCAGAAAGUUCCUUUACAUCCUGAGGAAGAGACAGAUGCUGAUGAUGAUUAUGAAACUAGCAAAGAAGAAGACAACACUUAUCUUAAAGUUGAAGAAAACUCAUAUUUAAAACAAGACUUCACUAAGAACUCUGAACAUAUGACUGAGAGCAGAACAAGGUCAGGAUCUUCAAGGACUAAUACAGGAAUGGGGAAACAGAUCGGAAUGAAGCUCAGGAAGAACUACUCUGAAGAAGGAUCCCAAGCUGAAGAAUUAAUGGUGAUUUAUUAUGUAGCGACCCUCAUUAGACUUUCUAAAUUUUCUGAUGCUACUAAAGCAAUGAGUGAGUAUAAAAAUAAGACCAAUCUGAGCAAAAAGGCUCAAGCUCAUAUGUACAAGAUAUUUGGAGUCCUCUGCAUGAUGAAUGAGAAGAAAGAUUAUCGCAAAGGAAAGAGGUAUUUCAUAAAAUCAAUGAAUAAAUUUAUUGAACUAAGAUGCAUUCGAGGUCAAGCCAUAGCUCAUCUCGGAAGUCUCAGAUGCUUAUGAGAGAUAAACUUUAAUCAGUGAUUUAAUAGCAAAGAUAUUUCUAAUUCGAUUACUACUGCUGAAGCCUCCUUAUCAGAACUUGACCAGCUUGGGUUCUCAGAUAUAACAGAAAGAGCACAAAUGUAUGUAGAUUGUCUGAAAACUAAGCUAGAUGGGAUAACAUCAAGAGGCUUUAGAGAGACUCUUAAGAGGCAUUCCUUCAUUCUAAAAUCCCCUACAAAAUUUGCUCUGCAUCAGACACUAUUAAACAGCGAGGUGUUGCAAGACGAGGAUAUAAGACUCUUCGUAUCUGUAAUUUCAUCUUGUCCUCUCUAUCCCAGAGUGAACAUGUCUAAAACUCCAAAUAGCUUGCCUCUAAAUCCUCCGCUUUCAAAUCUAAAUAAAGCCAGAAGAAAGAACAGUGAUCCCAGCGAAAAUAUUAGAAAAUAAGCACAAAAAGAGUCUCGAAAACGCAGUUCCAAACAAAUUCUCAACAAAGCACGUUAGAUCACAGUCCCAAGUAAAGAGUAAAAGGAAGGCGAGGGUGCCCUUGAAGAUGUGCAAGUUGCCUUCGAUUAUCAAAUCUGAUGAAGAACAGUCACCUAAGGGUCAGUCCAAGCAUGAACAGAAAUAAGGGCUUGUCUCUAUUGGGCUAGAGGACCUUACCAGUCAUAUUUUUGAUAUUUGAAAUUAAAAUGAUAUUAC